UUAAUUACAGUCUCUGUAACAGAUCCGCCAAAGGUGGUUUCCUGAUUAAUGACUGCCUGAGGUUACCAUCCUCAAACUAUUAAGCCCUUGGAAAUCGCCUGUGGCUGGAUCAUUAAUACCCACGCAUAGACCCUCAUUUCAUUCCGCCGAGUAUCUGCAACUUAGCGGUCUGGUUUUCAGCUUUAUUUUACCGAGGAUGCUGGAGCCGAGGAGGGGUAUGGACCCCUCGGAGAACCCAUACCCACCCUAACCUGUGGCUAGCUCGCUCACUCGUUUUGCUCCUUGGCACCCGCCAGGGCCCCCGCCCCUCGCUUCGCCCCAAUCCUUCCAAACAAGGUUCCCUCCUGCCACCUGCCGGCCCACUAGGGUCUGCGCCACGGGCUCGGCGCCACAGCGCAGCUCGCGGGGAGGCGCCCCCGCCUCCUUACUGCACAUGCCCGGCUGAAGUCCGGGCGCGCAACUUUGCAGAACCUCUCCGCCGCGUCCCUCCCCGCCUCAGUCUCCUCAUUCCUCUCCCAGGCGAGAGGACCAGCGGAGGCACCUCUCCCGGGUCUUAGACCGCAGAGUCUGAGACUUAGAGAGAGGAGCCUGGGAGGAGACAGACUCUCUCUUCCCCCUUUUCCCAUCCCUUCUUCUUGCUCAGAGAGGCGAGCGGAGGCGCGGAGCUUUAGAAAGUUGAGUGGUCAGGAAGGUACGUGCUUCCCUUUUCCCCCCUCACACCGAGGUGGGGCUGGGACCUCCGGACCCAGCUUCUCACCUCGUGGGGUGCACCUUUUUCGGCUCCAGCAGCCGAUGCGCAUCGGAGCCGCUCUCUGCAGAGCCAGAGGGCGGGUGGGCUUCUCGGUGUGCGCCUAAGAGAAUGGAUCGUAGGUCCCGGGCUCAGCAGUGGCGCCGAGCUCGCCACAACUACAACGAUCUGUGCCCACCUAUCGGCCGCCGGGCAGCCACCGCGCUCCUCUGGCUCUCCUGCUCCAUCGCGCUCCUCCGCGCCCUUGCCACCUCCAACGCCCGCGCCCAGCAGCGCGCGGCCGCCCAGCAGCGCCGGAGCUUCCUUAACGCCCACCACCGCUCCGGCGCCCAGGUGUUCCCCGAGCCCCCCGAAUCUGACCACGAGCACGAGGAGGCAGACCUCGAGCUGUCCCUCCCCGAGUGCCUAGAGUACGAGGAAGAGUUUGACUACGAAUCCGAGAGCGAGACCGAGACCGAGUCUGAAAUCGAAUCCGAGACCGACUUCGAGACCGAGCCUGAGACCGCCCCCGCCACUGAGCCCGAGACCGAGCCCGAGGACGAGCGCGGCCCCGUGGUGCCCAAGCACACCACCUUCGGCCAAUCUCUCACCGAGCGUCUGCACGCUCUGAGAUUGCGGAGCCCCGACGCCUCCCCGAGUCGCGAGCAGCCCAGCACUCAGGAGCCCCAGAACCCCAGGCAGGGGGAGGAGCCCGAGCCCGAGGACAAGGAUCCGAGGGACCCCGAGGAGUCCGAGGAGCCAAAGGAGGAGGAGAAGAAGCAGCAGCGCCGCUGCAAGCCGAAGAAGCCCACCCGCCGCGACCCAUCCCCGGAGUCCCCUUCCAAAAGGGGACCCAUCCCCAUCCGGCGUCACUAAUGGAGGACGCCGUCCAGAUUCUCCUUGUUUUCUUUGACUCAGGUUAGUUGCCCACCGCUAAACUGGGGAAGCCUGGGGUCGGUGUGGGAGCCCGCGGGAGGAGAGGAGGGAGAAGGAGAGGCAGGUUAGGAGGAAGGUGGGAAGAUAGCAGGCUCAGCUAGCCAGCCCGGGAGGUGGGUGGGGGUGCCGCCGGCAGGCUGGGAAAGGCUCCCCUGGGCGCCGGGGACGGCGCCGGGGGCGCCCAGGUGGCCAAAGGCUUGUUGCACGACGGUGCGCUCCUGGCGCCGGGCUGGAGACAGCCUGAGGUCUCCGAGCUGGUGUCCAGGACGCGCGCCCAGAAUCCCCGGCGCGCCCCAGGUUUCCAGCUGCACACCGAAAAGGCACGGGUAAGUCACUUGUUUCAUGCGCUCUUUUCCCCCCUCUUAAACACUGGCCUCAAACCGGUUGGCCUUGGCAGGCGCCCGAAACGUGGUUCGGAGGUGCGCGCGCCAACUUUUCACCGUGCGAGAGCUGCCGCGCUGUAGCGACACUGUUGCAAUGUGCGAAAAGUAAUCACACCGGGAUUGGGCGAGAACUCCGGAGGCUGCCGGCGCCGGGAAAAGUCGCGCGCGGCGCUUUAAGACACUCCGAGCCUGGAGCCCAGGUCCCAGCGCUGCCAAUUUGGAGCCGCGGGACCUCGGCGCCAGUGCUCCCCGCGGCUGUGCCCUAGUCCUGGCCGCCACCACCCCUCUCCGGGCGCUCACGGGGCGGGAGUCCGCUGCAAAGAGCGUGCGCACCUGCCCGCGCGCUCCAGAGCCGACCUCCUCAGGACCGCCCGCGGUUCCCCACGAAUCACGCGUACUUGGAGGGCUGGCAGAGAAGGUACGGGAGUCUUAGGGGGUGCCCCCACCGGCUACCAGGGUUAGUGGCGCGGGCUUGGUCACGUCGGGGCAUCGCUAACCUUUUGGCGCAGCUGAUCUGGCGGCGGGGCCGGGUGCAGCCUGACUGGAGAGGUCUGGGGCUGUUUGCGCACGGACCUGGGGACAGAAGAGAGGGGCUAAGAGGCCCGCGAGGCGGUGCCGAGCGGAAAGGUAAAGCGGCACAAGGAACGGGGCUGGAGAGGGGAUCGCGUCUUUCAUCGGGGUACCCUACAAUGCGUCCCCAAAGAGCACAGCACUACCGCGCCAGGGAAAGGUGUUGGAUCCGAUCCGACGCAAGUCCUUCGGGGAUCGGUCAAGAGGGGGGCAGGGGCCGGCGGCGGCUUCGGCAGCCUCGGGGAGGGGAGGCGGCGCACCGGCCAUUUUCCGCUCGGGUGGAGCUAAGUUUGGAAUCCGUAACCUGGAGGUGAAACCGCCCUGGUGUCCGAGCACAAAAACGGCUGCCAUCCGGUAACGCAUCUUCGGUGCGUAAAGUGUGUCAUCUUCGGUGCGUAAAGUGUGUCUUACCUGCCAGUCCUGGAGGAAAAGACUGACAAAUGAAAUGUAUUUUACAAAACCUCACCCGGUAUGGAAAUUGAUGUUUUCUUGGUGCGCGCGUGCGUCUCGCUUUGCGCGGGUUUGGGCUUGUCUGCGGAGAAUGAUUUGGGGGGAGGGGGAGUGAACCGUUUUUAGGCUGGAAAGGAAAGGAUCAGUCGGGUUCUUAAACUCCUAGGGGAAGGAUGAGGCCGGAAGGAACACACUUUUCUUGGUCCUCCUUCCAGGUCUCUUCCUUGGGAAAGGCGUCGCGGCGCCCCAGAACUUAGU